AUGGAGAUGGGACCCUGGACCAUUCACCGUGCUAUGCUGUGGCCACUGCUACUGCCCCUGCUUUGGGAAGGGUCCCUGGCUUGGAAUCUAAGAUACCAAUACUGGCUGAUGGUGCCCAAAUCAGUGACAGUGGAGGAGGGCCUGUGUGUCCAUGUGCCCUGCAGUCUCUCCUACCCCCUCAAUCACUAUUCUGCACCUGUCUUUGGCUCUUGGUUCCUAGAGGGGGCCAAUCCACAUGAAGACUCUCCAGUGGCCACAAAUGACCCCAGACAACUAGUACAGAAUGCAACACAGGGCCGAUUUCAUCUCCUUGGGAACCCACAAAAACACGACUGUUCCCUCCUCAUUAGAGAUGUCAAGAAAAGUGACACGGGAGUGUACUACUUUGGAGUAGUUCCAGAACCUUUUUCGAGAUAUAAUUACAGAAAAAGCCAGCUCUCACUGAAUGUGGCCCCUCUAACACAGACCCCUGACAUCAUGAUCUCAGGGACACUGGAGGCUGGCCAUCCUAGCAACCUGACCUGCUCUGUGCCCUGGGCCUGUGAGCAGGGGACACCCCCCACCUUCUCCUGGAUAUCCGCUGCUCUCAAAUCCUUGAGCCCCAGGACCACAAACUCCUCAGUGCUGACCUUCACACCUCAGCUUCAGGACCAUGGCACCAAUCUCACCUGUCUGGUGACCUUCCCUGGAGCAGGUGUCACUGUGGAAAGGACCAUCCAGCUCCAUGUCACUUGGAAACUGGGUCACAUGGCAGAGGUGGUCCUGGUGGCUAUGGUGGAGGCAUCUGUCAAAGUUCUGCUUCUUGGGCUCUGUUUCAUAUUUCUGAGUGUGAUGCUCUGCAGGAAGAAGAGAGUAAAGCUGUCAGUGCACACCGACUACGAAAGUCCCGCCACGACUCACCCAGAGGACUCCAAGGUGCACAGUCUCCCUGAGAAUCUAAGACCCUCACAGGGGGCCUUGCCUUAGGAAGAUAGCAGUAUUUGAACUAUGGCCCCCUCAGGUUUCAUGGGGGUGAGGCCUCAGGAGUACCCAGAGAUCAAACCUACCAAGGAACUAUCAGGAGUGCAGCUCUCACG